GAGAAUAUAAAGAGGGUUGAGGAGUCCCGUUUUUGUCUCGAACCCAUUGAAAUCAACCCGAUCUCCCAUCGAACUCUCUUUUCACACAAAUAAUCAUGGUCGCUGGGCCAAUUCGAACUGCCUUGAAGGUAGACUUUGGCAAGUCUGCUCAAGAACAACGGCAUUUUCACAACCGCUGGCAUCCAGAUAUUCCCACUGUUGGAAAGAUUGUUCCGGGAGAAGUUGUGAAGGUGGAAUGUGUUGACUGUACUGGUGGCCGAAUCCAGAACAAUGACUGCGCGGACGACGCCAGGGACUGUGACCUUACACAGCCACAUUAUCUCUCAGGUCCCUUCGAGAUUGAAGGAGCGGACCCUGGAGACGUCUUGGUCGUUGAGAUUCAAGAUGUGCAGCCAUUCGAAGACAGACCCUGGGGCUUCACGGCGGUAUUAGACAGGAGGAAUGGAGGUGGAUUCUUGGACGACCACUACCCACGGUCCGCAAAAGCAAUCUGGGACUUUGAAGGAAUUUUCUGCUCAUCCAGGCAUAUCCCGCACGUUCGAUUCCCGGGCCUAAUCCACCCGGGAAUUAUGGGCUGCGCACCAUCCGCUGAAGUCCUAGCAGAAUGGAACCGUAGAGAAUCCGAACUGGUCUCCGUGAACACCCUUGACCGGGUAGUAGCCCUAUGCCCACAACCAGAGGGCGUCCAUGCAGGUUCUGCUGAGGAGGAUCUGAGAGCGAAGGUUGGAAGAGAAGGAGCAAGGACCAUCCCCGGGCGCCCCGAACACGGUGGGAACUGCGAUAUCAAGAACCUUAGUAGAGGGUCGAAAACCUACCUCCCUGUGCACGUUCCCGGUGCAAAGUUCUCUGUGGGGGACUUACACUUCUCGCAAGGUGAUGGAGAGAUUAGUUUCUGCGGGGCUAUCGAAAUGGCUGGAAUCAUCACUCUUAAGUUUGAGCUUAUGAAGGGGGGCAUUCGAGAACUUGACAUGAAGAGCCCGAUCUUCAUCCCUGGCCCUGUGGAGCCACAUUUCGGUCCCGGCCGAAUGCUCACUUUUGAGGGGUUCUCCGUGGAUGAGGCUGGAAAACAGCAUUACAUGGAUGUCACAGUUGCUUACAGGCAGACUUGCCUCAGGGUAAUUGAGUAUUUGAAGAGGUUUGGAUACUCGGGCGAACAGAUUUAUCUGUUGCUGUCUUGUGCCCCGGUUCAGGGACAUGUUGCUGGAAUUGUUGACAUUCCAAACGCCUGCACAACCAUGAGUGUCCCAAUGGACAUCUUUGACUUUGAUAUAUCCCCCGGUGCACCGAUCCCGAGGUUGGAUAUGGGCUCUUGCGCGUACACUUCUGAUAGGAGGUAAAUUAUACGAAGCGAAAAUGUGGUUCUAUUUUAGAGCGGUGUCUGGGGUUGGGGGAGGGAGGCUUUUUUCAUUUUUAUUUUCAUUUUCAUCCUGCUUUGGGCAGUCAAUAAAUAAAAAUUGGUGAUCUUAUGUUAUUAUUUUGGAAUAUGAUUCGGUUAAUCAC